AUACAGCGGCGGCGGCAGCAGGAUAUUUAGAAAAAAUAAAUAAAAAAAAAAUCCACGCACCAAACCCCCCUGGUGCGGAGCGGCAGAGGAAGAAAAAAAAACCACACGGAUGUGCCUCCGAAAGCGCAGCGGAUACCGCCCUCCGGACCUUAUUAAUGCCAAGAUUGUGAGUAUCUGAUCGGCUGCAGAAACGAGCUUGAAACGGGGAGGGGAGGGGUGCUGGUUUCAGUGUAAUUUCCCCUUCCCCGGUCUUCAGUCAGCGGCGGGGCUUUUCCUCGCUCCGCGGUGUUGAGGAAAAGUACACAGGUCCGAUCCCGGCCGAGCGAGGGGGCGAGCUGGCCAUGGGGGGAGGUCGCAGCGAGACCUCGGCACUGAGCGGGACGGGAGGGGGGCGAGGCAUGACCACCACCCAGAACUCCCAACGGCCCAACGCCUGCUGCUUCUGCUGGUGCUGCUGUUGCAGCUGCUCAUGGAAUGAAGAGGAGCGACGGAGGCGGAGGAGGAGGAAGAGAAUAUCACAGGACACCAAGAUGGAAACCAUACCAAACUGUGAAGCUUGCACCAAACCCUCAAUGGAAGAGAUUCGGCUCUGGUCUCAGUCCUUUGACAAGCUGAUGAGGAACCCGGCGGGCCGGAACGUUUUCCGGGAGUUCCUGCGGACGGAGUACAGCGAGGAGAACAUGCUGUUCUGGCUGGCCUGUGAAGACCUCAAACAGGAAAUAAACAAGAGCACUGUCGAGGAGAAAGCACGCUCCAUAUAUGAGGACUAUAUUUCCAUAUUGUCGCCAAAAGAGGUGAGUCUGGAUGCCCGGGUUCGAGAGGUGAUCAACAGGAAGAUGCAGGACCCGACGCCUCAAACGUUCGAAGACGCCCAGCUGCAGAUCUACACGCUGAUGCACAGGGACUCCUACCCACGAUUCCUCUCCUCCAACAUCUACAAGACGCUCGUUCACGGCGGCUCGCGUACCUCCUCUGAAUCCUAGUCCCACACCGCCUCCCCCUCAUCCUCCUCUUCUCUUGAUCCUACACUUAUAGGAUUGACGCCAGACCAUUUCAUCGCUUCUCUCGCACACUCCUCCGGGUCCAGAACUUUGCAAAAAUGAUCAGACUCCUCCUCAGUUCUCUUCUCCUUUUCUCAGAAUCCCAAAUCUCUCCAAUUACUGCCAAGACUUUCUUCUCUUUUUCGUUUCUCUCCCUCCUCUUUUAGUACUGUUGCCAAGACCUCCUCUCUUCUCAUCUCUUCUCUCCAGUUGACUCUUCUCUUCUGUAGUCCAUCUAUUCUCUCUUUCUUGACAUUUAAUCUUCCUUUUCACUCUUGUUCCUUUCUCUUCCACCUUGAUCCAUUCUCUUCUCUCCAGUCUAGUGUGAAGGCCUUCAAAAGCAGGAAAAUGAAAAAAGCGUUAUAUUAAAAUAAAUGGUCAACAUAAAAAACAUGGACACAUUAAAUA